AUGGACAUUGUCCACCCAUCGUACAUUACUGUAGAUGACUUUACGGGAGAAGUGGCGUGGAUCAAACAGGUUGUAGAGGAAAACAGCGUCUGCCUUCCUAUGGCUAAAGUAACGAUCACUGGGCCGUUUGGAGAAAUUGUGACUGAGGCAGCGGUCUCGACAUCUCUGUCGUUGCAGUACCCGUAUAUAUUUUCAAAUCGGUCAGACAGGAUACUGCGCGAGCGGGGUCAGAAACUUGGAGAAGGAACUGUUCAAGCGCUGACUCGGUCCAAGGCGCGAGAGCUCGCCUCUGUGGCACCAGAAGAACCAAUCGCAGCAGCCAGCUGAUAAGCAAAUGAGGCUUUAUUGACGGAGUUAGAUCAUGACCUAGAGGGAGAGUCAACUGAUCAGCAAAAUGAGGCUUUAUCAACGGAACUAGAUCAGGGAGAACUAGCUGACACUCGCACAAGCAAAAUGGGGUCAGUACUGUCGCCGGCCUCGAAAAACUUUGAUCGGCUUGUACGAGUAAACAGAGAGUCGCUGGCAGCCCAGCAAGAGAACGAUCCUAGCUUAACUAGAUUACAGUUUAACGCUAAAGAAGGGAUCGCUAGGGGCAACGUGACGUUGCAUAAGAAAGGAGGUUUGUUGUAUCGGCACUACAGGGAUAAAAGAGGCCGGAUUCUAGAUCAAUUGGUCGUUCCUAGAGAAUACCGGGAGGAUCUUUUGAACCUCUGCCAUGGAAACGGGUGGUCCGGCCACCUAGGAAUAAAGAAAUCCAAAGAGAGAUUGCUAAUGGAAUACUAUUGGCCUGGGUGCUUCAAAGAUGUGGAGGAAUUUGUAAGAUCCUGUGACACGUGCCAACGCACGGGCGCUACCGCUGCGGACAAUGCUAAGAGAUGGUCUGCAGACAGCCAGUACUACACGGCCUUGGACUACACUCCACCCCAGAGACCGUUGAAUGGACAACCGACGAGGUACUGUCGCAGCGAUACUUUGGCAAACGUGGAGCGUGCGCUACCUCCCGUGCGCAAGCAAUCGGAGCCUGCAUACCCGCGAGGACGAGGUCCCUGGGACGUCCUGGACGCGAGGAGGCGCGAAGUGCAACCGCACGCCGUGAUUACACCACCGGCUACACCUUCCAUGACGACGACGACGACGGCAGCGGACUGGAAUCCUAGCUGUCCGAGUAAUCUCGGCGUGGUCGUGCUGCUCGUCGCCGCGUUCACGUUCACUCUGGUGUUGGCCGCUUUCGUAGUCGGCGCCCUGCGGCAGCAGCAGUAUCUUCGGCUACAGCAGCAGCAGACCAUGGUGCAGACUACGGCGUGGACGUCAUAUGCGAGGGUGUUCCGAUACGACGACUCUUCGGAUGCGACGAUGCGCUCGAGCAAUGUCACUAGCGACGACGCGCGUGACACUGGGGCGACCACUGUGAUAAUUACGCUGAAGGAUGAGGAGGUUGAAGAUGGAGAAGACGCGCAAGUGGAGGAGUAA